CAUCGCGCCUGCGCAGUGCUCCCGUCCCCCGCAGUCACUGUGCGUUGAAGCCGGAGACCGCGGCGGCCUCUGCUAGGACCCUCGGCCCCGGAGCCGCCGGCUGGAGCCGCAGCCUCAGUAGGAGCGCCCCCGCCGCCUGUCCCCUACUCCGCCGCCUCCGUCGGAGCCGCCUCGCGCACUCUGGGGUAUGGCCGUCAAUGUGUACUCCACAUCUGUGACCAGUGAGAAUCUGAGUCGCCAUGAUAUGCUUGCAUGGGUCAACGACUCCCUGCACCUCAACUACACCAAGAUAGAGCAGCUCUGUUCAGGGGCAGCCUACUGCCAGUUCAUGGACAUGCUCUUCCCCGGCUGCGUGCACUUGAGGAAGGUGAAGUUCCAGGCCAAGCUGGAGCACGAAUACAUCCACAACUUCAAGGUGCUGCAAGCAGCUUUCAAGAAGAUGGGUGUUGACAAAAUCAUUCCCGUAGAGAAAUUAGUGAAAGGAAAAUUCCAAGAUAAUUUUGAGUUUAUUCAGUGGUUUAAGAAAUUCUUUGACGCAAACUAUGAUGGAAAGGAAUACAACCCUCUGCUGGCGCGGCAGGGCCAGGACGUAGCGCCACCUCCUAACCCAGGUGAUCAGAUCUUCAACAAAUCCAAGAAACUCAUUGGCACAGCAGUUCCACAGAGGACGUCCCCUACAGGCCCCAAAAACAUGCAGACCUCUGGCCGACUGAGCAACGUGGCCCCGCCCUGCAUCCUCCGGAAGAAUCCCCCAUCAGCCCGAAACGGCGGCCAUGAGACCGAUGCCCAAAUUCUCGAACUCAACCAGCAGCUAUUGGACUUGAAGCUGACGGUGGAUGGGCUGGAGAAGGAGCGCGACUUCUACUUCAGCAAACUUCGGGACAUCGAGCUCAUCUGCCAGGAACACGAAAGUGAGAACAGCCCUGUCAUCUCGGGCAUCAUCAGCAUUCUCUAUGCCACUGAGGAAGGAUUUGCACCCCCCGAGGACGAUGAGAUUGAGGAACACCAACAAGACGACCAGGACGAGUACUGAGGGCGGCCCUAGCCCUGGCCGACUGCACGCCUCCCCUCCCCUCUCCCACAUUAUAAUCCUUCCCUUACAGCCAGUCGGCCCGGUGCUUUGUGUCAGUGCCGCAGCAUUGGGGAGUCAGGCAAGCGGGGCUCGAGGGGAUGGGGCAGGUGGGCAGGCAGAGGCCCUGGCCCAGUGGGUGGGAUGCCUGCCCACUCCCCACCCCUAUUUAUUUCCAUUGUCUCUAUGCUGUGUCAGCCAACACUUCCCAGGGUGCUCCUGCCACCUGCCCCAGCCAGCCGCCCGCUCCCCUGACAGCCAGCAGCUGUAUAUUUGACAAAGUCAUUGGUAUAUUUUUACUUACUGGAUUUUCCUUGCACUUUACCUGUUCUUUUCCCAGGGCUCACAGCACGGGCUCCAGGGCAGUGUGCUUGGCUUGGCUCCCCUCCCCUGUUGCUGGGCCAUGGCAGGACUCACUGAUUCUUAUUUAUUUUGUCUUUUGACUCCCCAGUAGCUGAGGGGAAGGCUGAUGUCAGGAGAGGGAUCAGGGGACUGAGGUGGGGGUGCCAAGGGCCCGGUGGUCAGGGAGCGGGAGGGGAGCAUGCAAGGGAUGAACAUGACCUCCUGGCACCAGUCACCCCCCCAACCACCCUUUCCCCAGCCCCAAAGGCCAGCACUGCCCUGAGGCCCCCAGCCACCCCUCCGCAGCCCAUUCAUGCCACACAGACUCCCUCAGACCCUUCUGUGCGUCUGCCUCCCAUCCAGCGGCCCUCCACCCCUGCCCCCUUGGGCCACCCAGCCUGCGUAUGUGUUCACUUUUAUUUAAAUAAACUCGUGUGGUAAAAGUU